UUACACACACUUACACACUCCUACACACACAAAGAGCUCCGGAAGAGGACUGAUAACACACUCCACACACUCUUACACACACUUACACACUCCACACACAAAGAGCUCUGGAAGAGGACUGAUAGCACACACUUACACAUGCUUGCACACUCUUACACACUCCACACACUCCUCCACAACACCCUGUAGCAGAUUAUACACAGAGCUGAUCUUUAAACAUGACAUUUGAGGAGAUUUGUCAAGACAACAGCACAGAAACAAGCAACAGAGUGCGCAUGUGCAGUGCAGGUCGGGUUCUGGAGGAGGUGUUGGUUUCGUCCAAACAGCAGGACAGACUAACAGUGGGAGUGUAUGAGUCUGCAAAAGUCAUGAACAUUGACCCGGACAGUGUGGCUCUAUGUGUCCUUGCCUCAGGUGAACAGUAUGAGUGGGAUGUGGCGCUGCAGAUCCACUUCACCCUCAUCCAGUCUUUCUGCUUCGACAAUAACAUCAACAUCGUCCACGUGCACGACAUCGAGCGGCUCGCGCACACCGUCAGUGACGCGGUCACGAGCGAUAACGGCGACGCUCACUGCGUGUUGGUCAGGAGACCGAGUGAGGCGGCUUGGAAGGACACGGGUCUGGAGAAGCUGACCGUGUUCUGUGAGGAGCGGAGAAGUGUGUGUGAGUGGGUUCCUACUGUCACACUCCCUGAGCGAUGACGUGCACCAGCCGGCUGGGUAACAAUUUCACCAACCACCUAACAGGACGAGUGUCCUAUGCGUCAGUCCGUCCAGCUGACGGGAGUUUAGUCUGGACCAAACCGGAGCUGUGUGCGUCCCCGUCCCUGUGUCCGUCCGUGUGUCCCCGUCCCUCUGUUUGUCCCUGUGUCCGACCGUGUCCCCUUCCGUGUCCCCGUCCCUGUGUCCAUCCUUCUGCAGCAAGCACACAGAGCAUGCAGAGUGUUGCAUGAAAGGACAACUGGAAGUAAAGUGAUGACCUGGAGGAGAAGUGAGAGCUCAGAUGAACUCUUGUGUGUUUCGGGAUGUGUAACAGGAGGAGAAUCAGGAAGUGAAGACAUUUUAUCAUAAUUGAUUGUUUUUUUUUUUCUUUUCUGAAGGACAUUUGGGACGUUGGAUUAAGAAAUGUGAACUACAGGACUUCCUGUUCAUAAUGGAUUUAACUUGAUUAUUUAUUUAUUUAUUUAUUUAUUUAUUUAUUUAUUUAUUUAUUUAUUAUUCUCUGUAAAAGCUGAUCUGAUUUCAUGUUAUAAUAAAAAACUUAAGUUCA